AAAUGCAUUCGCUGUUCUAGCGAAUUAUUUGGCUUUCGAGCAACGGAGCCUUGAUCCAUAGGAGCAACUCAGCAAAGGCAGCAAGCGUGCGCUGUCUGGACUAGCUUUAGCUUUUUACCGACUGUGGUAUUAAGUACUCAAUCUCAUAUUCAUGGGCCAUGACUACGCACAAGGGUGUGCACUGUGCAUAAUAAUGGCCUGACGGCAGACAGAUUGAAACUCAGCUACAUUUGCUGACUACAGUGUGUCAGUACAUUUAGUUCUUCACACAAGCUCUUGCUAGAAAAUCUGGAAUCCAGAGAUCUUUACAUUCAAGAAUCAAAUCAUUGUUGUGAUUUGCCUGUACGCAUUGCGGAAAGGAUGUUUUUUUGUUUUCUCGUAAAUUAGUCAAUUCAGUAAGACUACUAAGAAAGUGACAGAAUUUUUGUGUUUGACAUCUGUGACGCCAGCACAUUACAUAAGCAAUUGGUUUUUUUAAUUGCAUCUUUCUGCUAUGGGCGACAGCAAAGAUUGUGGCCUGAUUAUGGCCCCUUUGAAUGUGCAGGAGGCGAUGCCGCGGUAUCAGUCGCUAUUGGCGGAUGAAAAACAAGUCAGCUAUCGUAAUACGGUUGUCGUUCGCGGCUGUGACGACGCUUGGUGGCUGGGGUAUAUCCAGGAUAUUGACGGCGAAUAUGCGUUUAUCCAUUUUAACUCAACAUUAACGGAAGCUCGCUGGAUGCACUCGAGAGACGUCUGGCCUCUGCCAUCGUACUGGGACACCGAGCUUUGUAUCAGGGAAGGUUACCUGAACGUGGAAAUAUUUGCAGCCCUGCGUGAUGAAGAUAACGGUCCGUUUCGAUUUCGACCAGCCAUUAUACUGAAAAUACUUUCGGGCUGUAACUCGGGUUGUUCGAUGGUUUAUAUCAAAACCGUAGGUUUCAGCAGCGACGCUGCCCCGCAAGAUCGUCUUGAGCUGAUCCACGAAGGCCAAGUGGCAAGUACGUUGCCACCCAGCGGUGCAUCAUUGCUGGACCGCCGCGAAGGUAUGCUCUAUACCAAAUACUGGAUACCAUUUGAUCAAGCCGAAACCGUUCUCAGUGAGCCUUCCGAUAAGUUUCGCAUGAUUAAACAUCUUCAAGAUGCUCUUCGAGCCAGAAUGCAUUCAUUAAGGGGUCAGUAUUUGGCUGACGACUGCCGAUUUCAUCUGCGCAUCGAUUCGGGGGGUUGCAUGUUUAUCAUCGUCAUUCAUGCAACUGAUGCAACAGACGUGGAACCGACGCACUGGAUGUCUGAGACCUUACCGACAGUCUUGAAAACACAUCUGACUAGUCGCGCCAGUCUACCACCUAUUCGCAAUCGAGCAUUCCACGGAAACGAAUAUGUCUUUUGUGGUGCCGAUAUCGAAAUUGGGUCACUGAUGUCCACUACCUGCAUCUCAGAUUUGACGCAUUCGCUUCUGAGCGACAUAUUGUCGCAUUUGGACUUACAUUCACGAAUGAAAACCAAACGGGUGUGCGGCUUAUGGCAGUUAUUGCUGAACAGCUCUCGAAUGAUACAGCACGUCAUGAUUUCUUUCGAAAGCUGCUGGCAGCUCAAGGUGGACAGCGAUAACUGUUUUAAAGUGGCUUCUCUGCUCAGCAGCUCAGUUAGCUCAGCGACAAAAAGUCUCACGCUGUUGAAUGUGUUCCCGCCGCAGUACGGCUUUUUCUUGGGUUCGAUGUUAAAUGCCUUGGAAAUUAAGUUGCCAUUUCUCAUGUUCAAAGACCACACUGACGUCAAACCACUAAGAGCUCGCCAACAAAAGCAGUCACGUUUAAAGCAUGGGAUUGCGGUCCGUUUGACUGCCUAUAAACACUACUGCAACUUCGUCGUGCUGAAAAACUGGACAGUUGCCGCCCUCUUCGGACAACAUUUGUACGACAUUCUUGAGAAAGAGCCCGUCUCCUACGAACCAUAUGAGCCCGGCGUGACCUCUCGCCUCCUGCCAGCGCACGAGCGGGAGUGGAUGAUUCGUCUCACAUGUCAGCCUGAUGAACUGGUCAUUGACAAACUACAAAUCACCAUUCCGAAGGUCAUUCUGCCCUGCAGAGACGGAAAAAUGCACAUGACCAGUCGCUUUAUGUGUGUCUUGAACGAUAACUUCCCGCCGGUCACGCAGGACAUGGUGGUGAAGGUCACAGCUGUCCGUGCGCGUUGGCUGCGUACCCUAACCUACCCCCAGGACUGGCAGAGCAUUCGCAGCUACCUUCUUAUAUUCAGCGGGUUUCACUCGGAUGGAAGACCAAAAGUAUGGGACGAUAUCGAUCUGCGGUGUGUGGAUCUAUCCACAUGGAGCAAACUGGCUAUAUACGGGAUCACUGAAGUGUUUCGCGUGUGAAGCUCUGCAGAUGUGUCUACGUUGAUAUCUUAUCGAAGGGUCGACUAUGUUGAUCAUUAUUACCAGGAUAACAUCCAGAGAUCCCAGGUGACAGGGCGUUGAAGUAUAUGGGGAGACAUUUAGGCAAACUGCUAAACUAUAAACUGUUCAUCUUCGAUCUGCUUAUGGACACAAACUGAGUUGAAAAAUAAUGUCGAUCGAAUUAUCUUCGAUUAUUUUAUUUAUUGUUUCCUCUUCGUUUUGCGCUGCUAGAGCCUAGAUGUUUAAAAAUUAUUAAAAUGCCCAUUUUUGAGUUUGCUCACCGUUCAGCGUUUCUGUGUGUAAUAAUGUCCUUACUUUCUACCUGUUCACUUAUCUUUCCACUUUGAACUCGAUACUCGUAUGGAAUAAAAAUCUCAUACCCAUG